AGCUUUGGAAGGAACCCUCUCCUUGUGACGGAUUUGGAGAGAGAGAGAGAGAGAGCAACAGAGAGCAGGCAAAGCUGCCUGGGACCCAGCCCGGGCGGGGAACCCGUGGAAAAAACAGCCGCAAAGAGAGAGCAAGCUGGGAAUGGGGGUAACAAGGAGCAGUACCUGGACAAACAGUUCUCCAUUAACUAUCCCUCAAGGCAAGAGAAGAUACUGUGCUCAAGGCUAGGGAGUACUAUAGCAGUGACCUUUACCCACCUCUUGGCUGUUAAAUGAUUGACUAGUUAACCCAGGGUAAUAAAUCCUAAGCCAGGGUAUUAAAGGCAUGCGGUGUCUUAACUGAGCCUUCCUCUCACAGACUCCUUCCUGGCACCCCAACCAUGGCCAAAGGCUUCUUCAUUAGCAAGAAUUUGGGCAUUGGCUUUAUUGUCCUUGGGCUGGCUGCUGUGGCCACGAUCAUCGCCCUUUCGGUUGUCUACGCGCAGGAGAAGCAAAAGACCAAAAAUGCUGUGUCUGCCACGACCCCAAGCAGCUCAACAGCAGUCAAUGCCGUCAGUACCGGUGGCGCUGGCACAAGUGGCAUCGGCCCCAGCACUACAGGCAACGCUGGGCCCAGCACUAUGGGCAACGCUGGCAUCAGCACCACCGGCAACGCUGCCAUCAGCACUACAGGCACCGGCAACACAACCCAGCCAGACAAUCCUUGGAACAGCUACCGGUUGCCCAAAAGCCUAGUCCCUGAGCACUACAAUGUCACCCUCAGGCCGUUCCUGACUCGCAACGGUGAUGGCCUCUACGUCUUCCAUGGCAACAGCACAGUGCGCUUCAGGUGCCAGAACAGCACAGACCUCAUCCUCAUCCACAGCAAAAAGCUGAACUACACGAGCCAAGGGGGAUUCCUCGCCUCCCUAACUGGAGUGGACGGUGCCGUGCCGCCUAGCAUCGCUCAAACGUGGCUACAGGAAAACAGGGACUACCUGGUGGUACAGCUCGGUGGGCUUCUCCAGCAAGGCCAAGCUUAUGAACUGCACACCAGCUUUAUUGGCGAGCUGGCAGAUGACCUGGCUGGCUUCUACCGCAGUGAAUACGUUGAGGAUGGCCAAACCAAGGUGUUGGCCACCACGCAGAUGCAAGCCGCGGAUGCCCGGAAAGCCUUCCCCUGCUUUGAUGAGCCUGCCAUGAAGGCCAGCUUCUCGGUGGUGCUGAUCCAUUUGUCUGACCACAAGGCCCUCUCCAACAUGCCUGUCCAAAGCAGUGAGCAGAUGAUCAUGGAAAAUGGGGAGCUCUGGAACAGGACCACAUUUGAGACCACCGUCAAAAUGUCCACCUACUUGCUUGCCUUCAUUGUCAGCCAGUUUGACUCUGUGGAUACGUAUGAGGGCACGAUCCAGAUCCGGAUUUGGGGCCGUCCCCGAGCCAUCGCAGAAGGCCAAGGCGACUAUGCACUCAACAUCACUGGGCCCAUCCUCAGUUUCUUUGAGAGCCACUACAACACAAGUUAUCCUCUGGAAAAGUCAGACCAGGUGGCCCUCCCAGAUUUCAAUGCUGGAGCCAUGGAGAACUGGGGGCUGGUGACGUAUCGUGAGAAUUCGUUGCUCUUUGACCCAAACUUCUCUUCCAUUGGCAACAAGGAGCGGAUAGUGACCGUCAUCGCUCAUGAACUUGCCCACCAGUGGUUUGGGAACCUGGUGACUCUCCGUUGGUGGAACGAUCUGUGGCUGAACGAGGGCUUUGCAUCAUACGUGGAAUAUCUUGGUGCCAAUGCAGCCGAGCCCACGUGGAACAUUACAGACCUGAUGGUAGCGAGUGAAAUGUACCGGGUGAUGGCCAUUGAUGCGCUGGUUUCCUCCCAUCCUCUGUCCUUCGAAGAAGAUGAAAUCAAGAGCCCAGCACAAAUCAGUGAAGUCUUUGAUUCCAUUGCCUAUAGCAAGGGGGCAUCCGUGUUGCGUAUGCUCUCGGAAUUCCUUACAGAGGACCGCUUUAAAAAAGGACUUCAGUCAUACCUUCACACCUUUGCGUACGGAAAUACCAUCUACGAUGACCUCUGGGUGCACCUGCAGAGGGCAGUAGAUGAGGAUAAGUUUGUUCUCCCCGGCACUAUCAAGGAGAUCAUGGACACCUGGACCUUACAGAUGGGCUUCCCAGUGGUGACCGUGGAUACCACAACUGGGCAUAUCUCCCAGCAGCAUUUCCUACUGGACCCUACAUCUAUUGUUGAGCGCCCCUCUGCAUUCAAUUACACCUGGAUUAUCCCUAUUUCCUGGAUGACUUCAGAUACUCCAAGAAACAUGUACUGGCUCACAGUCAAAGAAGCUGAAAACGACACCUUUGCCACGGCUGCUACACCAGACAAGUGGCUGUUACUCAACAUUGAUGUCACUGGCUAUUUCCGGGUGAACUACGACUUGGAAAAUUGGAACCGGCUUAUGGAGCAGCUGCUGACCAGACACGAGGAUAUUCCACUUCUGAACCGGGCUCAGAUGAUUGAUGAUGCCUUCAACCUGGCCAGAGCCAAGCACGUCAGCACAGUGUUGGCCCUGGACACGACACGCUACCUGGCCAACGAGACGGAGUACUUGCCCUGGAGUGCUGCCGUCAGCAACCUGGGCUACUUCCGGCUCAUGUUCGAUCGCUCCGAAGUCUAUGGCCCUUUGCAGAAAUAUGUGCAAAAACAGGUCACUCCUCUGUUCAAUUAUUUUAAGAACAUCACCUCCAACUGGGCCACCAUCCCCAACAGCCUGAUGGACCAGUACAACCAGAUUCAAGCCAUCAGCACCGCCUGCUCCUAUGGCAACUCUGAGUGCGAGAGGCUUGCCACAGACUUUUUCGAUGCCUGGAGGAGAAACCCUGCUGUGAACCCGAUCCCGCCCAACCUCCGCUCCUCCAUCUACUGCAGCGCCAUCAAAACAGGUGGUGAGGAGGCCUGGGACUUUGCCUGGGAAAUGUUCAAGAAUGCUACUGUGGUCGUUGAGGCUGACAAACUCCGUUCAGCCCUUACCUGCAGUAAGGAGCCCUGGAUCCUCCAGAGAUACCUUCAAUAUACUCUGGAUCCCAGCAAGAUCCGCCGACAGGACGCCACGUCCACUAUCACCAGUAUUGCGAGCAACGUCAUUGGGCAGAGCCUGGUCUGGGACUUUGUGCGUGCCAACUGGAAGACUCUUUUCAACCAAUACGGUGGAGGUUCCUUCUCUUUCUCUAACCUCAUCCAGGGAGUGACACAGAGGUUUGCUUCUGAAUAUGAACUCAAGCAGCUGGAGCAGUUCAAAGCAGACAACAUGGACGUGGGGUUUGGCUCGGGCACCCGGGCCCUUGAGCAGGCUCUGGAGAAGACCCGGGCCAACAUCAAUUGGGUGUCAGAGAACAAAGAGCCGGUGAUGAAGUGGUUUGAGAGAGAGACAUUGUGAGGUGGCUAGUCCUGUGGCUGGGAGAAAGAGUGGGACCAGGGCGUCUCUGGGGUGCCUCUUAGUGGCCCAAUCCUCUCCGCCUCUUCUCCAACAUCCUCCAAGCUCUGUAAUGCCUCCUCUCGCGGCCUCUCUGUGUGUCAAAUGACCACACACCGGCCUCCCCUGCCCCCACUGUUAAUCCAAUCGCACCUUGUUCUUGACAGACCUCUGACGAAGCUUUGCAAUGCCUGCUCUAGUUUACAUGCUCUCAUGAUGUACACAACUGCCUUUUGCAUGUAGAGCUACUGUUGGUGGCCUCUUACUUGUGUUCCUACCAUGCUUUGCACGACAGAGUUUUAUUUUGCACCACAUUUCAGUGACCAUAUCAGAGGUCCUAGAAGGAUCAGGUGAGAGGUAAGGGUGGGACAUGAACUCUUUUUCUCCAUGACUAUGAUAUCCCUCCUGUCCAAAAAGUUCUGUUUAAUUUCGCAACUCCAAAUGUGUAAAUUAAAGAAG